AUGGCGGUUAACAGCUUUGCCCGCAUGCUGAAGGGUCAGGUCCGAUGCUACUCCGCACCAUUGGAUAUGGCCAUUCCGGCCUCCAAGCAGCGCUACAUCCCAAACUCGGGCACCUAUCCUCAGGGAUUCUUGGUUUCCGGUACCCACGUUGGCGUUAAGGCAUCCAACACCCGCUUCCCCGACCUUGCGCUCAUUGCAUCUGAGACGCCAUGCUCUGCCGCUGCCGUAUUCACCACCAACAAGUUCCAGGCGGCGCCAGUGCAGGUGAGCCGGGAGACAUUGCGCACUCGCAAGGGUGAGGGUAUCCGGGCUGUCGUUAUCAACUCCGGAUGUGCCAAUGCUGUCACAGGAAAGGGUGGACUGGAGGAUGCGGUCAAGAUGGGUCAAACAGUUGACCAAUGCAGUGGAGCUGAGAAGGAUAGCUCCUUGGUUAUGAGCACCGGUGUGAUCGGCCAGCGCCUACCUAUCGGCAAAAUCCUGGAGCGUAUUCCCACCGCUCAUGCCAACCUCGACUCGACACACGAUGCAUGGCUGAGCACCGCUCGUGCCAUCUGCACCACUGAUACCUUCCCUAAGCUACUCUCCCGUGAAUUCACUCUGCCCUCCUCCCCAGGCCGUACCUACCGCCUCGCCGGCAUGACCAAGGGCGCUGGUAUGAUCCACCCCAACAUGGCAACCCUGCUCGGUGUUCUCUGCACAGACGCCGCUGUUGAGCCAGCAGCUCUGCAAUCGAUCCUCAAGCACUCCAUCUCCCGAUCCUUCAACUCGAUCUCCAUCGACGGUGACACCAGCACCAACGACACCAUCGCAGUCCUCGCCAACGGCGCUGCCGGCGGCGAGACAGUCCGCGCUCCGUCGUCGGAGCCCAGCGCUGACUACCAGGCCCUGCAGACCGUGUUCACUGACUUUGCCCAGCAGCUCUCUCAGCUUGUCGUUCGCGACGGUGAGGGCGCUACCAAGUUCGUGACUGUUCGUGUGCGCAACUCGUCUGACUACGAGUCCGCGCGCCAGAUUGCUUCCACUAUUGCCCGGUCUCCGCUUGUUAAGACUGCACUCUACGGUCGUGAUGCCAACUGGGGCCGUAUUCUCUGCGCUGUGGGUUACACCCAGGGUGUUGCUGAUGGCGUUGUUGUUCCUGAGCGUACCUCUGUGAGCUUCCGUCCUGUGGAUGGUAGCCCUAUCCUUAAGUUGCUGGUCAAUGGAGAGCCUGAGACUGUUGAUGAGGAGCGUGCCAGCGCCAUUCUACAGAACGAGGACUUGGAGAUUGAGGUUGACCUUGGUGGUGGUGAGAAGGGUGCUGCUGGAUGUGGUGGAGAGGAUGCUGUCUACUGGUUCUGCGAUUUCAGCCACGAGUAUGUCACUAUCAACGGUGAUUACCGUACCUAA